UUUAAUGAGAGAUAGGCCUCGAGAUAAGGCAGACAUGUCCACCUUAGAGAAAUCCGAGGAGAGAUCACUAGGUAUCGGUGAUCUUGCUGAGAUAUUAGAUCUACUGAAGAAGUAUGGAUAUUCUGGUAUUGAUUUCUACAAUUUUGGUCUCCGACUGGGCCUGCUCCCUCGCACACUUGAUGUUAUUGCUAAAAAUAACAGUGGAGAUCUUAGUAGCUGUCUAAGAGAGUCUUUGAAGGCCUGGCUGGAGCAAGCUGAUAACGUAGCUAGUAAUGGCGGUCCGACUUAUUUUACAUUAAUAAGAGGACUGAAGAAAACUGAACAGAAUGCUGUAGCUGACGGGAUUGAUAGAGAAAAACAUCCAUCUUGUGAUAUUCUUGCUCGCUACAAGUCAGACCAGUCAGUUCAGGAAUUGCUGCCUAAAAUUGCUUUAUUCUUGCACAAAGAAGGUAUCAUCAAGGAAAUGAUGCUACCAGCUACAGCGCAAGCAUUAAUGAAUGCAGUCAGAGAGUCUGUCUGUGCUGAUCAUAGUAAUAUUCUAAAGUUUGCUGCUAUUUUACAGAAAUUUGUUUCAACCGUAUCAGUAGGAUACACAAUUGAUAACGAGUACAAAAAUAUAUAUGAAGGUGAUAAUAUGCUAGUAUUGACUGAAGGAGACAGCGAACUUGCGAUAUACAUGCCUCAAUCCUUUAAUGCAGAGUUCAUUGACAUGCGAAUCAAGUUUGGCCAAACUUUUCGUAAAGUUUUAAAAAUUUUAAAAACGUGCCCAUCCGCAGUCGAAGACUUGAGGGAAUUGCUUAUAUUUUUGUAUUCUGACUUUAAAGCCAGAUUAACACAGUGCCACAACGUGUCUUGCAUUUUAGAGCUGAUCCACGAGAAAUGCUCUCUCAUUAAUGUUAGCCUGCUAGAGUCCAUCAUGAAUGAAUUAGAAGUUAUGGAGGAAGCUGUGACAGUAAUUAGCGAGUACAAGGCAAGCAUUGAGACAUUUCUUCAGUCUGUUUCUCUUCGUCUUUCUCUGAACGAAAAGUUCUCCUCGUUACCGUCUCUUCGAUGUGAAACAGCUACCAUUUACGUCGGACGGAAUGUUGACGACUGCACCCUAAAUGACAUUAUGGAAUUAGUUUCACUUGCCGCAGACCGAUUGUCUAAAAGGGUAACUUUGGUCGUUGUCAGAGAGGGUAACUCUUUUACCAUCACUUUCUCUUUUCCUGCCUUUCUCUCUGAGUCUCUUAUUGCUACUGCACUUAAUAAUAUUGACUCACUCAUUGAGAGAGGAGUAAAGAGACUGACCAUUGGAUAUGGUGUUGUAUAUGAGGCAGCCAAUGAUAGCGAUGGGAGCUCUUUAGAGAAAUACAUAUCCUCAGUUUACAGUAAUGAUGGCACAUUGCAGCAAUUGUUGGUGUCACAGAACAUACUGUUGUUAAAUAGUCAAGAGGAGCUGACUAGAAUUCAGAAGAAGGGUAUACAAGAAAAACAAGUAUCAGAGUCUGAAGGAGGCAUAAUCCAAGCUCAAGCGUUUCCUGAUGAGCAGUGGGUUAUAGAUAAAGAUGAGGUGACUUUGACAAAGAAGGAGUUGGGAAGGGGAUCGUUUUCUGUUGUUACAGUUGGUAUUUUUAGAGGUUUAAGAGUAGCUGUCAAGUCACUUUAUGAUGAUGUCAUAUCAGAUAAAAAUAUAGUUCUCUUCACUAGGGAAAUGAGUAUAGCGUCGCGAAUACGUCAUCCUAACCUGGUCCAGUUCAUUGGUGCAACCAAGGUGGGUAGUCCUCUCAUUGUGACUGAGCUGAUGAGUACUGUGGGCAAUGCUGCAUAUGCUUCACCUGAGGCUCGUGAUCCUGAUCAGCAAAGUCCCGCAAUGGAUGUCUACAGCUAUUCUGUUCUUCUUCUGGAAAUGACUAUCGCCAGACUACCAGCAACAACACUCUCUGAGAGAGAUAGGCAAGUUCAGACUGCUAGUACUGCCUGGCCUGCAAUGAAGUCUAUCAUUGAAGAUGGAAUUGCUGUUGAUCCAAGAGCUCGUCCUGCAAUAAGCAUCAUAAUGAACAAAUUAAAAAAUAUUUGUGGAAUCUUCAAGAUUCCUGAUGAUUAUUGA